AUGAUGUCUUGGUAUCUCACGACGCUACUUCUUCAGUCAAAGAUGAGGUCCUUCCACUGUCUAAUUCUUUCGUCCCGUCAUUCAGAUCCGAACCAAGUGCUCAUUCUCAAUUCUUCUUUCAAAUCAGGGUCUGAUAUCCUAGGAUCCCAUCAGUUGAACAAGCCGAAGUAUUUCCUCGGAUUUAUUGGAUCUUAA